AUGAGUGAACAGUUUGCAACUAAAGUUGCAAAAGAAACAGAGGAACAAUAUAAAGUUGAGGUUACUUAGCAAGACAAGAAAAGUUGGUUGCAAUUUAUCCUUUAUUUUUCGCAGCCUCAGGCUUUUUUUUUUUUUUUUAAACAGAACCAACCAUUCCAGUGGGUUUCACCGCCUUGCGCUUAAAAAAAAAAAACCGUACUUGAGUUGAAAUUUUUCUUCAAGUGGCUCUUACUCCCCUUCUUCCCCAGUCCAGUCCAGUGGAAGGACUAAAGAUUGAAUCUGGAGAACUAGUGGGAAUUUUUGGAACAUAUCACACUUUUUUUUUUUUUUUUUUUUUUUUGACAUCCAGUCGAGUCCCGUGAGCAGAGUUUAUGUUCUACUUUGCUUUACCUCGCCAACGGCCGUUCGCUAUUUCCUUUGCUUUUUCCUUUCCCAUUUGCGUCCCCUUCCAAGCAAUAGCUGCCAACGUGCUCGUAAAACCCAAUCGCAGAACACAGAACCCUUUAGAUCGGAAAUUCAUCGAGUCUUGGCCAUCGUGCAAAAACCUUUCUACGGAUCUUAUUUAAAUUCUGCGGUGCUUUGCAUAUACGAAAGAACAAGCUGGAGCGGCUCUAACCCAUCUCCGAUGUUCAUCAACACGUUGGCACCAGUAGCUCCCAAAUUGGAUACAUAGACAGUGGGGGGGGAGAACAAGAAAAAAUAAAGGUUUUGCAAGUCAAAACCUUUCACCCAAAGUGGGCCGAAUUGAAGAAAGAGCCAUGGACUCCUAAAUAACGAGGCUAACCUUAUCAGACGUUCGUUGGUUAAACAUCAAGAAUUUCUUGACCGGUUAAGCAACCCUGGACCCUUAGAUGCCUUUUCAACGCAACUUGUUUCCUUUCUUUUUGUUUUUUCAAUGUGAAAGUCCACUCUUCGUACAGUCCCACCAGCAACCGUAUCUCUUCUCUAACUAGAGGGCGCAGUGUAAUCGCAAUGCAAUUGCUCUCUUGGGUCUUCUGGCAAAAUUGUGAAAAUUUUUGCAUCUCUCAAGAUUGCAAAAAAAAAAAAAAAAAAAAAAAAAAAAGACAAAAUCUAAACCCGUGGUGCUAUUGGUAAUGUGGUGGACUUUUGCUUCAUACUGUACCAUCGUAUCCUUCAUUCCAAACACUGGCACACACACACUCUCAAACAGAGAGACGGCAGUUGGAAGUUGGUCAAGUAUAAAAGGGGACGGCCUUUCCCUUCUGUUCGAGCGGCUUUCUACUGGUAUUCCUCUUCUCUCACCACCAAACUUCACCCUCAUUCGGAAAAUAAUAACCAUUUUUGAUCACCUAGGUAGAUAAACCAAGAUCAUCAAGUGAACUUCAACUUCAAACCUCUUUUUCCCCACGUAAGUUCACAUUUUUAUUCUUUUCAAGAUAUCGUCCUCAUCUGAAUCCGUUAAAAUAAAGUCUUCUUCUGAGUUAACUGAAAAACAAAUCAAAGAUGAACAGAUCCUUAGUCAAGAAGAUGAAAUUCAAGGCGGUCAAAAACAAUCGGAAGGUUUAAAUCUACAGCAAGACCACCACAGCAAUGUGAAUUCGGAAAAUCUGGUUGACGCCUAUCGGUUGUCUGCUGCUGACGUUGCCCAGUUACUUGCUGUCGACAUCAACCAUGGGCUCACUGAUGCUCAAGUCGACGCCAAACUCGACGAGUUUGGCACCAAUACCUUGGGCGAAGCCGACAAGAUCUCGUACACCAAGAUCUUGGCCCACCAGGUCUUUAAUGCCAUGAUCUUGGUCUUGAUCAUCUCGAUGAUCAUCGCUUUGGCGAUUCGAGACUGGAUUUCCGGUGGAGUCAUUGGAUUCGUCAUUGGUAUCAAUGUCGUCGUUGGCUUCAUUCAAGAGUUCAAAGCCGAGAAAACCAUGGACUCGUUGAGAAGCUUGAGCUCGCCCGAGGCUAGAGUCAGGAGAAACGGCGAAGACAUCACGAUCCCCGCGGACCAAGUUGUUCCUGGAGAUUUGGUCCACAUCAAAGUAGGCGACACUGUGCCUGCAGAUUUGAGAUUGAUUGAAGUUAUGAAUUUGGAAACGGAAGAGGCCUUGCUUACUGGUGAGUCCUUGCCCGUGCAAAAGAUCCCCGAUGUUGUAUUUCGCGACUUGAACACGCCCGUCCCCGUUGGUGAUCGUAUCAACUUGGCCUUUUCCUCAUCGGUUGUUUCCAAAGGUCGAGGCACGGGAAUCGCGUUUCUGACUGGUCUAAACACGGAAAUUGGACAAAUUGCUCAAUCUCUUAGAGGUAACAAUGGCAUUAUUCAAAAAGUGGAUCGUUCCAACGGGAAACCAACUUUCAAGGACUAUGCGCGUGCCUUUUUUGGCACUAUUUGGAACGUCGUUGGCAAUGUUCUUGGUGUUACAGUGGGCACCCCUUUGCAGAGGAGAUUGGCAUGGUUGGCGAUAUUGCUAUUCUGGGUCGCUGUCGUGUUUGCCAUUGUCGUGAUGGGUUCGCAAAAGAUGAAUGUCAACAGACAAGUGGCAAUUUACGCCAUCUGUGUUGCCUUGUCCAUGAUCCCAUCCUCCUUGAUUGUGGUGUUGACCAUUACAAUGGCCAUUGGUGCCCAAGUCAUGGUGUCCAAAAAUGUCAUUGUGCGGAAAUUGGACUCGUUGGAAGCACUCGGUGGUAUCAAUGACAUUUGCUCAGACAAGACAGGUACAUUGACCUUGGGCAAGAUGAUUGCUAAAAAAGUUUGGAUCCCGAGCGUUGGAACAUUGGUUGUUGAAAACACCAACGAGCCCUAUAACCCAACUGCCGGCGACGUUCGAUUUGCACCUUGUUCCCCCUUGUUUGUUAAGCAAACCGAUGAAGAAGUCGACUUUAAUCGUACUUGUCCUCAGCCGAUGCCGGAAGGAAUAAAGCAGUGGCUCAUAUCGGCCACGUUGGCCAACAUUGCCACCGUUAACCAAUCUACAGAUGAAGAAACGGGAGAGAUUGAAUGGAAUGCACACGGCGAUGCCACUGAGAUUGCCAUCCAGGUAUUCACAACUAGAUUAAACUAUGCAAGAGAAACCAUUGUUGGUGAACUUGAACACUUGGCUGAGUUUCCCUUUGACUCGUCAAUCAAGAGAAUGUCUGCAAUCUACAAGGAUAGAAAAACGGGUGUCCAGACUGUUUAUACCAAGGGUGCAGUUGAGCGAGUUUUGGGCUUGUGCAACACUUGGUAUGGCCAAGGCGAAGCAGACUCUAGAGAGUUGCAACCUUUAACCGCGGCAGACGUUGAAAUUAUUGAGGAAAACAUGGCCGCGUUGUCAUCUCAGGGUUUAAGAGUCUUGGCGUUUGCAACAAGAACCGUCGAUUCUGAUUCUGGUUCUGAAAUCGAGUCACGUGAAAAAGUCGAGUCGAAUUUGACGUUUUUGGGGUUGAUUGGUAUUUACGAUCCACCAAGACCCGAGUCUCGUGUUUCCGUGAAGAAAUGUCACCGAGCCGGUAUCAACGUGCACAUGCUUACGGGUGACCACCCGGGAACAGCACGCGCCAUAGCUCAGGAAGUGGGAAUCUUGCCCCACAAUUUGUACCACUACAGUCAAGACGUGGUUGACGUGAUGGUGAUGACAGCUAGUGAAUUCGAUGCGUUGUCGGAUGACGAGAUUGACAAUCUCCCAGUGUUACCCUUGGUGAUUGCCCGGUGUGCUCCUCAAACCAAAGUGCGCAUGAUUGAUGCCUUGCACAGAAGAAAGAAAUUCGUGGCCAUGACUGGUGAUGGUGUCAAUGACUCGCCCUCGUUGAAGAAAGCCGACGUUGGUAUCGCCAUGGGUCUCAAUGGAUCCGACGUUGCGAAAGACGCCUCCGACAUUGUCCUUACCGAUGACAACUUUGCCUCGAUCUUGAAUGCCAUUGAAGAAGGUAGGAGAAUGUCUUCCAACAUCCAGAAAUUCGUGUUGCAAUUGUUGGCUGAAAACGUGGCCCAGGCAAUUUACUUGAUGGUGGGUCUAGUAUUCAUGGACGAGCAAGGCUAUAGUGUCUUCCCCUUGUCACCAGUGGAAGUUCUUUGGAUCAUUGUCGUCACCUCGUGUUUCCCCGCCAUGGGCUUGGGCCAAGAAAAAGCUCAACACGACAUUUUGGAGCAACCGCCAAACAAGACCAUAUUCACUUGGGAAGUGAUGAUUGAUAUGUUUGCUUACGGGAUCUGGAUGGCGGCAUGUUGCCUCGCUUGCUUUGUCGUUAUCGUUUACGGUAAAGGCGAUGGAUACUUGGGAACCAACUGUAACUCCGAGUCCAACAACAGCGGCUGUGAUUUGGUUUUCCAAGGCCGUAGUGGUGCAUUUGCUGCUUUCACUUGGUGCGCUUUGCUCUUGGCUUGGGAGUGCAUCAAUUUGAAAUUAUCCUUUUUCAACAUGGCACCCGCUGACCCGGAAGACGAGGAGCAAAAGAACUGGUUUAUCAGAUUAGCUCAUACGUUAUGGGAGAACCAGUUCUUGUUCUGGUCGAUUAUCUUGGGUUUUGCAACCGUGUUCCCCGUGGUUUACAUCCCGGUGAUCAACAACAAGGUCUUCCUCCAUGGACCCAUUGGAUACGAAUGGGGCGUGGCAGUCGCGUUCACGGUGGCCUUUUUGAUUGGUGCCGAAGCUUGGAAAUGGUUCAAGAGGAUCUACUGGAGAAAAGUAGUUGUCAAGAACCCCGAAUAUGAAUUGGAGAGGAACGAUCCAUUUGAAAAGUAUGCCUCGUUCAGUAAAGCCAACACCAUGGAGGUUUGA